AAAUCCGUCUAAGUUUCGUAUUUUAGCGAGUAGCGGCAAAAUAGGAAAGUUUCAAGUUAACCAUGUCGAUAAGGUCGCUUGUCACUCGGCAAAUUAAUCUAUUAACCGACCUAUUUGUAUAGUCGCGGCUAACAGUCGGCGUAAUAUGUACGUAGUCAACAUUUCGAACUGGUCGGCUUGCAUAGAAAAUUCUGACAGCUCGUGUUGUGAACAUUCACAAAAAUAAUGCCGUUUUUAUUACAUUUUUUGAUAAAUUAUUUUAGUUUCGGAUCGACGAGAGUCAGGCGGCCUUAUCGAUUUUCGUUUUUAGAACAAUAUCGCGCUUAUUUCAGUGUAAUAAAAGGCCCGCGGUCUGUUAUACUUACGCUUUCGAAAAACGGUUUUGUAUUUUUAUUGCGGAGGACGGACGUAGAGUUUGUUGUAAAUUGGUAAUAAUUCCGUUGAUUAGACAGUAAAUAAGCGGUGCCCGAAUAUGGGUUAGACUUGUACGUAUUUUUGAGACAGUGCGUGUUCCUCGUUUGUUUAUUUUUGAGUUUUUUUUGGACAGUGCACAGUGUUCGCUUUUCUAUUUACUUGCAUUCCAUUUGUGAAAGUGCGUCUUGGAGUUUUCUGUUUUUGUGCCCGGUGGUGCAACGAAUGUGCAUAACUUGCAGUUUUGACAGGAUGUGUUCUAUGGAUUGCAAAGUUUAAACGGAUUGCAAACGGAAUCUUAUACCAAGAAGACACGGAAACCACCGAAAAACAUUCCAAGAACUAAAAACCAACAACAAAAACAACACAAUAAAUCUAAAGACUUCUCUAGUUCGACCAAAUCUAUCUACCAAACUAAGAAUCUUUUUUUUUUUUAAUAAGAUUUUGAACUAAAAAUCUAAAAACAACUUCCUUACUAACCUGCCUUUCUAGACCAAAGCCUUAUUAUUAGAGUUAAAUGUGUAAAUAAAUAUAAUUUAUUUGGAAUAGAGUAAAUAUAGUUAUAUUCGAAAUGUUGCCACAACAGUAUUGUCUGCGAUGGAAGCACCAUCACUCGAAUGUUCAGAAUAUGUUCGCGCAGCUUCUGGAGAAAGAGCGCUUCUGUGAUGUGACGCUGUACUGCUCUCCGUCGUUCGCGAGCCAGCUGGAGCGGGGGGACACCGUCGACCCGGAGUCCAUCAAGGGGGUCUCCUUGAGGGCACAUAGGGUGGUGCUAGCGGCCUGCUCCGAGCUACUCGGCUGCCUCCUCGGCGCGCACUCCGGCGGGGAGCCCGUGCUGGUCAUCGACGGAGCCAGCCCGAGCCACGUGCGGGCGCUCCUGCACUACAUGUAUACUGGCGAGAUGAGCGUGCCAAGGUCACAACUGCAGAGUUUGCUGAAGACGGCCGAGGAGCUGAAGAUCAAGGGGCUGACGGACAUCCGGUGGAACAACAAGGACGAGCCGCCCGACUGCGAUAACGAUUCAGUAACGACGACGGCAAGCAAACCAGACGUGAAAACAUACGCGAGGAACCACCGAGAGGAAGCGAGACAGCAAGACAACAGGAGCGAAAGAGACAACCGGAGCGAAAGAGACAGCAGGAGCGACAGAGACAACCGGAGCGAAAAAGAAGGCAGGAGCGAGAUUGGCGAGAGGUUUAGUGCUAAUGGAGGUCCACCGCCACUGAUAAAGCUACCGACAAAAGAAAAACACCCCUUGACCAGCCCAAUCAAACGAGAGCAGAAUUCUGACACUGAAGACACCCAACAACCAGCCCCUAAACGACAGAGAAUGACCAGCGGCAUGGACCACACGGAUGAUGAGGAUCGAGAUCAAGAAUGGAAACAUGGAAAUUUGAACAUAACAGCAGAGCGCGUGGUCGGCUGGGGCCAGUCGGAGAGCGGCGGCUCGUGGGCGGGCGAGCCCGGCGACGAGCCCGACGACGAGUGGGGCGACGCGCCCGCCGACAUCGGCUCCUUCCUGCACACGCGCCUCAUGGUGGACGGCGACAACAGCGGAGAAGAGUCGAACGAGGGCGCGCCGGCGUCCACGUCGUCGUCGGUGGGCGCGCUGGACCUGCCCGGCGGCAGCAAGCCAGUCAAGUACACGCCCAUAGCGAGCAAACCAGCAACAAUAGGCCCCAAGUCCGGCCCGACCGACCCGCGCUUCACUGACGUCAUCAAGCUCAACGACUACCUGCGCCACGGACGGAGGCCACAGUUCUGGGAGGAGGACUACGUUAAACGGGUGAUGGAAGCGAUCCGCCUCAAAGAGCUCGAGAUGAAACAGGCGGCGGAGAUCCUGGGAGUUAGCUACGGAACACUGUAUGGACGCUACCGGGACUCGUACGGCUGCAUCAACCGCCCCUUCCGCACCGCCCGCGACUUCUGGACCACAAAGGGUGCUAACGAAGUCUUAGACCGACUGAAGCGAGGAGACAUCCCCAUGGAGGUGGCGGCGCAGGCGCUGGGAGUCAGCACGCGCGACCUGUACGUGCACUUCCACGAAGCCACGCAGUCAGAGAAGGGUAAUUCAUUCAUUCAUUCGCUCUGUCGUUCAUUCAGCUCGCUAUAUUGCUCAAUAAGCGCAGGAUUGAGUAUGAAAAAGGUAAUUUAUCAACAAGUGGUGGAGACACUGGAGCGAGGCGACAUCCCCAUGGAGGUGGCGGCGCAGGCGCUGGGAGUCAGCACGCGCGACCUGUACGUGCACUUCCACGAAGCCACGCAGUCAGAGAAGGUGGUGGAGACACUGGAGCGAGGCGACAUCCCCAUGGAGGUGGCGGCGCAGGCGCUGGGAGUCAGCACGCGCGACCUGUACGUGCACUUCCACGAAGCCACGCAGUCAGAGAAGGUGGUGGAGACACUGGAGCGAGGCGACAUCCCCAUGGAGGUGGCGGCGCAGGCGCUGGGAGUCAGCACGCGCGACCUGUACGUGCACUUCCACGAAGCCACGCAGUCAGAGAAGGUGGUGGAGACACUGGAGCGAGGCGACAUCCCCAUGGAGGUGGCGGCGCAGGCGCUGGGAGUCAGCACGCGCGACCUGUACGUGCACUUCCACGAAGCCACGCAGUCAGAGAAGGUGGUGGAGACACUGGAGCGAGGCGACAUCCCCAUGGAGGUGGCGGCGCAGGCGCUGGGAGUCAGCACGCGCGACCUGUACGUGCACUUCCACGAAGCCACGCAGUCAGAGAAGGUGGUGGAGACACUGGAGCGAGGCGACAUCCCCAUGGAGGUGGCGGCGCAGGCGCUGGGAGUCAGCACGCGCGACCUGUACGUGCACUUCCACGAAGCCACGCAGUCAGAGAAGGUGGUGGAGACACUGGAGCGAGGCGACAUCCCCAUGGAGGUGGCGGCGCAGGCGCUGGGAGUCAGCACGCGCGACCUGUACGUGCACUUCCACGAAGCCACGCAGUCAGAGAAGGUGGUGGAGACACUGGAGCGAGGAGACAUCCCCAUGGAGGUGGCGGCGCAGGCGCUGGGAGUCAGCACGCGCGACCUGUACGUGCACUUCCACGAAGCCACGCAGUCAGAGAAGGUGGUGGAGACACUGGAGCGAGGCGACAUCCCCAUGGAGGUGGCGGCGCAGGCGCUGGGAGUCAGCACGCGCGACCUGUACGUGCACUUCCACGAAGCCACGCAGUCAGAGAAGGUGGUGGAGACACUGGAGCGAGGCGACAUCCCCAUGGAGGUGGCGGCGCAGGCGCUGGGAGUCAGCACGCGCGACCUGUACGUGCACUUCCACGAAGCCACGCAGUCAGAGAAGGUGGUGGAGACACUGGAGCGAGGCGACAUCCCCAUGGAGGUGGCGGCGCAGGCGCUGGGAGUCAGCACGCGCGACCUGUACGUGCACUUCCACGAAGCCACGCAGUCAGAGAAGGUGGUGGAGACACUGGAGCGAGGCGACAUCCCCAUGGAGGUGGCGGCGCAGGCGCUGGGAGUCAGCACGCGCGACCUGUACGUGCACUUCCACGAAGCCACGCAGUCAGAGAAGGGAUUCGUUGAUGGAAUGAGUCAACAAGAGGUGGAGACACUGGAGCGAGGCGACAUCCCCAUGGAGGUGGCGGCGCAGGCGCUGGGAGUCAGCACGCGCGACCUGUACGUGCACUACCACGAAGCCACGCAGUCAGAGAAGGAAUUCGAGCCAAUCCCGAUCGAGAUCGACCCGUCUUUACGGCUGAAAGCGGCUAACUUCAGCCAGCUGUCCCCUCUAGUAGCCCGCAAGGAGCGCGCGCGGGACGAGCUGGGCCUCCCCGCUACUGUCAUCGCCACCGCCAACACUUCCGCUGUGCAAGCAACAAAAUGGCGCAUGGACCGGCAAUCCUCAUCCACAUCACCGGCCGGCGAACCCUCGCCCACAGUGCUUAUGAAAAGUCGUCCUGACUUGACCAUCGUGGCUGCCAAGAAACCUGAUAUCAAGGAGGAAGAUGACUCUUAGUAAUAACCUCUUUGAAGAAAGGAGCAAUGUAGCAAGGAGGUUCUAAGUGGUGUGAAACUUUUUGGAGGUUCUAAUAUAAAAGUGGUUUCAGACUUUUUGGAGAUUCUAAGAUAAGUGAAAUUAACUAUUUGCUAUAAUGUGUUAUUUAUUUGACCUUUUUGUUUGUUAAGACUGUGCUAUAAUGCCCGCAGAUAAAGACACUAUGAAAUUGAAUCUGCGUAGGUUAGCAAGUUAUUGUUAAAAUAUGAUCUAAUGGUUUGUCUGUAAGAGAAAAUAUAAUCGCUAUGAAAAGGAUAGUUUAAGUUAUAUUACAUUCGUAUUAUAGAUAAGUUAUAAAUAAAAUUA